GAGCUCAAUCCCUGGGCAGGGGGAAGGGGGUCCUCCGGGGUCCCAGCUCGCUGUCCUUUUUCUGGACAGGCAGUUCCUCGGCCACCUGGCAGGGCCGCGUUGCCUGGCAACGGCGGGGUCCUUCCUGGCUCGGCGGCGCUCGGGGCCUGAGGGGAGAAAACCGCCGCGGAGGGCGCUGGGGGUGGCGGCGGCGGUCCGGGAGGUGGCCGCGCGACUGAGACGCGGGUUUGGAGCGCCAGGGCGUCCCAUCUCUGCACCUGAGAGAAGAUGAACACGGCCGACCAGGCCCGGGUGGGGCCCGCGGACGACGGGCCUGCGCCACCCGGAGAGGAGGAGGGAGAGGGGGGCGGCGAGGCGGGCGGGAAGGAGCCAGCAGCGGACGCGGCCCCGGGGCCCAGCGCUGCAUUCCGCCUCAUGGUGACUCGGCGGGAGCCGGCCGUGAAGCUGCAGUAUGCGGUGAGCGGCCUGGAACCGCUGGCUUGGUCGGAGGACCACCGCGUGUCUGUGUCCACGGCCCGCAGCAUCGCUGUGCUGGAGCUCAUCUGCGACGUGCACAACCCGGGCCAGGACCUGGUUAUCCACCGCACCUCGGUGCCCGCCCCUCUCAACAGCUGUCUCCUCAAAGUUGGCUCAAAAACAGAAGUUGCUGAGUGCAAGGAGAAAUUCGCCGCCUCCAAGGACCCCACGGUCAGUCAGACUUUCAUGUUGGAUAGAGUGUUCAACCCUGAGGGGAAGGCUUUACCACCAAUGAGAGGAUUCAAGUACACCAGCUGGUCUCCCAUGGGUUGUGAUGCUAAUGGCAGGUGCCUCUUGGCAGCACUGACCAUGGACAAUCGCCUGACCAUCCAGGCAAAUCUCAACAGAUUGCAAUGGGUCCAGCUGGUCGACCUGACUGAGAUCUAUGGAGAACGUCUUUAUGAGACCAGUUACAGGCUCUCUAAAACUGAAGCCCCAGAAGGAAAUCUCGGGGAUUUUGCUGAGUUUCAGAGGAGACACAGCAUGCAGACCCCAGUCAGAAUGGAGUGGUCGGGCAUCUGUACCACUCAGCAGGUCAAGCAUAACAACGAAUGCCGGGAUGUUGGCAGUGUGCUCCUGGCCGUCCUCUUUGAAAAUGGUAAUAUCGCCGUGUGGCAGUUUCAGCUGCCCUUUGUAGGAAAGGAAUCCAUCUCUUCAUGCAACACGAUUGAGUCAGGAAUCACCUCUCCCAGUGUAUUGUUUUGGUGGGAAUAUGAGCACAAUAAUCGAAAAAUGAGUGGCCUUAUUGUGGGGAGUGCUUUUGGACCCAUAAAAAUUCUUCCUGUCAAUCUCAAAGCAGUCAAAGGCUAUUUCACUUUAAGGCAGCCUGUUAUCUUGUGGAAAGAAAUGGACCAGUUACCUGUGCACAGCAUCAAAUGUGUACCACUUUAUCAUCCUUACCAGAAGUGUAGUUGCAGCUUAGUAGUGGCUGCAAGAGGUUCUUAUGUAUUUUGGUGUCUUCUUCUGAUCUCCAAAGCAGGGCUGAAUGUUCACAAUUCCCAUGUCACAGGCCUUCACUCACUGCCGAUUGUCUCCAUGACUGCAGACAAACAGAAUGGAACAGUCUAUACUUGCUCCAGUGAUGGAAAGGUGAGGCAGCUGAUUCCCAUUUUCACAGAUGUUGCAUUGAAGUUUGAACACCAGUUGAUUAAACUCUCAGAUGUGUUUGGCUCAGUGAGGACUCAUGGGAUAGCAGUGAGCCCCUGCGGUGCGUACCUGGCCAUCAUUACCACUGAGGGUAUGGUCAACGGCCUCCACCCCGUUAACAAAAACUACCAGGUCCAGUUUGUUACUCUCAAAACCUUUGAAGAGGCAGCUGCUCAGCUCCUGGAAUCUUCAGUUCAAAACCUUUUUAAGCAGGUAGAUUUAAUAGACCUAGUACGCUGGAAGAUUUUAAAAGAUAAACAUAUCCCUCAAUUUUUACAAGAAGCUUUGGAAAAAAAGAUUGAAAGCAGUGGAGUCACCUAUUUUUGGCGUUUUAAGCUUUUCCUCCUGAGGAUUUUAUAUCAGUCAAUGCAGAAAACCCCUUCAGAAGCCUUGUGGAAACCCACCCAUGAGGACUCAAAAAUCUUACUAGUGGAUUCACCUGGGAUGGGCAAUGCUGACGAUGAACAGCAGGAAGAAGGAACUUCUUCCAAACAGGUGGUGAAGCAAGGCCUGCAGGAGAGGAGCAAGGAAGGAGAUGUAGAGGAGCCCACCGAUGACUCGCUCCCCCCGACUGGAGAUGCUGGAGGCCGCGAGCCAAUGGAAGAGAAACUCCUGGAAAUCCAAGGGAAAAUCGAAGCUGUGGAGAUGCACUUGACCAGGGAACACAUGAAGCGAGUCUUAGGAGAAGUGUAUCUGCACACCUGGAUCACAGAAAACACUAGCAUCCCCACCCGAGGACUCUGUAACUUUUUAAUGUCUGAUGAAGAGUAUGAUGACAGAACAGCACGGGUGCUGAUUGGACAUAUCUCAAAGAAGAUGAACAAACAGACUUUCCCUGAGCACUGUAGUUUGUGUAAAGAGAUCUUGCCAUUCACAGAUCGCAAACAGGCAGUCUGUUCCAAUGGCCACAUUUGGCUCCGGUGCUUCUUAACCUACCAGUCCUGCCAGAGUUUGAUAUAUAGAAGGUGUUUGCUCCAUGACAGCAUUGCCCGGCAUCCAGCUCCAGAAGAUCCCGACUGGAUUAAGAGGUUACUGCAAAGCCCCUGCCCUUUCUGUGAUUCUCCUGUCUUCUAAAUAAUCAGUGACAGGAGGAUGGAAGGGCUGAUGAACUCUGCCAUGGAAAACUUCCUCCAGCCUGAAGAGAAGGAUGCACUGGAGGAAGCCUGACCCUCACGAGUGGAGAGAAGUCCUUGGUGAUUGUAAAGAGGGCCCCUGGAGCUCAUUUCUGAAGGGCACUCUCCAUCUCCAGGGACUAACAGAUGUCCUUUGAAAUGGCUGGACUCAGAGAGUUGGAGUUGUUUUGAGAUGAGCAUUAGCCCCAGCUUUGUAACCAAUGAGGAACACUUACUUAAGUAUCUUGACAGAAGCAAUUUGAACACAAUGUCCUGUAAUUUCUAGGAACAGAAUGGUCUUUUCUAGAGAACUUGGAUAAGGACCUUGCUGGGUUGAGUUACGUUUUAAUUCUUACUUUGGUCUGGAACUGCCUUCUGGCUCCAGACUUAAAUUGCUUGGUCCGUGGCAUCUGAUGUACCAACAGAGAUUAAAAGUGUGUAAAGCAACACAUGGGCUGAUGUUUUGUUCUCAGAAAAUAGCUGCUGGUCUGCAUCCCUCCAUUCUUGUUUUUUAUGCAUAUGGAAAACAUUUUCCUAAAACUAUAUUCUCAAGUUGAAGCCAAGACUAAAAUUUAAUGUGUCAAAUGAUCUGGUAACUAUUAUAAUGAGUAAUUGUGACUUAUUUUCAUUCUCUCCCGUGUCAUCAGGUUUCCUGACCCAACUCCUUAAUCCGUAUAAAGAUGUCAAAUACUGUAGUUUACCCAAGCCACAGCCCUGCUUCAGACUUAACUGUGGUAGCCUAGAUGAGCUAUUUGUACAGAGAGGAAAAAAAGAUAUUUUCCUCUUUUAGUAAUAAAACGUUUAGUAUUUUUAAUGUUGACAUUUCCAGAUGUUUCAUUGAGUAUCCAGGGUUCUGUCUGGAGACUUCUAGAGAGGGACAGCUCAGAAGUAGGGCCCUUGAGCUCGGGUGCCGUAAGCUUGUGCAAUUCAGUUGAACAGAGCCUGGCAGUGUCUCUCCUCUGCACACAGCCCCUUGAUAUUUGGAAUCCAGGUUCUGUGCCCACCCCUACUCACCCAGUGGUCUGUUAAGAUGUCCCAGAUGGGGCCGGGUGUGGUGGCUCAGGCCUGUAAUCCCGGCACGUUGGGAGACCAAGGCAGGCAGAUCACAAGGUCAGGAGUUCAAGACCAGCCUGACCAACAUGGUGAAACCCUGUCUCUACUAAAAAUACAAAAAUUAGCCAGGCGUGGUGGUGCGCACCUGUAAUCCCAGCACUUUGGUAGGCUGAAUCAGACGGGUCACUUGAGGCACUAUGGUGAGACCCCAUCUACUAAAAAUACAAAAGUUAGCCUGGCAUGGUGGCGCAUGCUUGUAAUCCCAGCUACUCAGGAGACUGAGGCAGGAGCACUGAACCCAGGAGGCAGAAGCUGCAGUCAGCUGAGAUGGUACUUAGAUGAUAACCAUAGCGGCAACCUCGCCCCUUCACCCCCCAUUGAUAGGUAGUGAGCCCUUGGAGGCACUUCUAAACAAUCCGCUCGGAAAUGUCUUCUGUUUCCUAUUCAAACUGCUGUUUUGUCUCCUAUGUUUAAUCUUGUAUUUGCUAUUCUGCUUAUUUUUUCUCAUUUUGGUGGUAAUUUCAAGAAGAAUGUUUAUCCACUAUUGAUUUUCAAGAAAGAAACCGAGCACCAUUGAAAUCAUGAGAAACAGAAUUCAGAACAUUGUGUGGUUGAAGUCAUUUGUGUCUGCAGCUAUUUUUUCCACUUUACAAUAAAUAAGUAAAAAUUAAGAUCAUGUCAAAAAAUUAUUGCAGUUUUAAUCAUUAUGGCAUAGUUUCCCUCCUCCCCCCUCACCUGCAUUAGAAUCCGUGGAGAUUUGUUCUUACUGGGAAUUUUGGGCUGCUGCCAUUUAAAACUUAGGGUUUUAUUUAAAGCAGUUGUGCAUUUUUGAGAAAAUUUAUUGGGAGUAACUAGAGAGGAUCUCCCAAUUUUUUUGUAUGUCUCUAUAGGAGUAAACAUGGCAACAGGUUUUCUAGAACGUAGACUCACUGCAGGGACUGGACCCAGUGGCAUUGUUAAGACCCUAAAAUCGAGCCACCACCUGCCUGCCCCAAGUUUCCAAACACUCAGUUGGAAGGCCUUUGCCUGCCCUUGUCCCCGUCCCACACCCAUGGAGGUUAAGCUACAGAGCUGGGGAAACAGGAGAUUUUGAGUUAAUGGCAGCCUCACAAAUAGUGCUUCUGAAUUUCUCAGAGUCAGCAUACCUCAUGAGAGGGUGUUGCUUGGUGCACCUUGGAAAAGUGAGAAUGGCACCAGAAGAUUUUAAUUGCCUCUUGCAGUUCAAACUUAGAUACCUACACCUCUGUACCUUCCUAAAAUUUGCCUGAUCUUAUUUGGUAGAUUUCAAGUUGCUUUCAGCUGUGACCAUAAUAACUGAGGAACUGGAGACAUAGUGGAAGUGCUAUUGCCGCACUGCAUUUAAAGUACAGGAGCAAAGAUUCUAUACAAUUAGACCCUUUAAGCUGCAACAUGGUUGCAUUUUGGGAGUCUGAUAUCCACAUAUGUCUCACAUUUUCUCUGCCUGGGGUUAAUUUGUUCCUAUUAUUCUAGAUAAGAAAUUGAUAGCUUGUUAUGCUUGAUAUUCAUUCUGAAAUCCUUACGUGUCCACCAGGCAGACUUCAAGCAAUCUCUACCUACUAUUACAUCUGCCAAAACUACCAAUUAUUUUUCAACGUCAGAAGUUAUUAGAGCCACUGGCAAAGCUCAUGGUUGAACGUGACAUUUUUCUGCUUUUCCAAGAAGUUUCUGAGAAUGUUAAUGUUGAAGUAUGCAGGCUGGACUUAGCAAGUUUAACACAUUAAUUAGGUUAAAAGGCAACGAUUAAAUAUUUCAGUUAUUUUGUAAUUAUAAUGGUAUCAAAUAAGAUGCAAAAGAAGUUGAUGCUUAUUGGUGCUUGCUAAGAGAAUGACAAUACUAGGUCUGUGAGCGUCUUUCCCCUGCAGCAGUUACACUGCCUCAGAGUUGGGUGAAUUACUGCAAUUCCUGAAAUGGAACCAGGAAUUAGGGUCACUGGUUGAUUGGCACGGGAUCUUUCCAUCCUUUCUGCUCCUGACCUCUCUCUCUUGCCUUUCCUUCCCCCAGAUGCCCUCUUGGUUUCCAUUCCUUUAGUUCUCUCUGCUUUAGAACACAGAGCUAACAGACUACAUGUUGGAAAGAAAAAUGGAUUAAUGGUCAAAUUUCUAAAAGCUCAAUUGUGUAGUGGGUCUCACUUCCUAGAAGAAAUUAUUGGUAAUAUUUCUUUCUAAAGGUAAUAGUAUUAUUUAUAUCUGGUUUUCUUCAAAACUUAACUAUAAUUUCCUUGUCAGGGUGCUCAGUAGCUCUUGGUUUGACUUCGGGCUAAGGAAUGUGAAAUUUUAGCUCCUUCCCACCACCUGUUUCCGCUCACUCCCACCCCCAGCCAAUAUUCUUCUUCAUAAGCAAAAAUUAUACUUAAGCUAAACUGAAUGGGUUAUAUUCUAAGUAAGUACAGACAGCAAAUAGGCAGACAAAUACAGUAAUGUCUUUACAAUUAGCCCACCACGGACUGUUCUGAGUCUCUGCAUGGUUUCCAUAAAUGAUUAUGAUGUAUCUUUAUGUUCUUUCCCUGCUCUUCUGUGCUCUGGAGUUUAGCAAUUCAGUGAGACUGGGGAGUGUCUCAAGAAUGGAACCUUUGCCCUCAAGGUUGGGUCAUCAAAAAUCCCACUAAAGGAUCUAACUGAUGAAUUGUUUUUAUUUUCGCCGUUAGUGCAAGUAUCAACUGGCAGCCUCAAACAGUUUUAGACUAUGUCUCAGGUCUCUCAUACUUAGAACUGCUCUUUCUUGAAGCUAAAAGAGGUUUUUGGAGUAAAGAUCUGCUGUUCAACCUAGUAUAGAGCAUGUGAAAUGGAAUUCAGCCAAACUCCAAGAAUAUGGAGUUGCUUCUAGUUAUCUAAAGUAGUACAGAAUCACUAUCCUGAUGAAAAGUGGGGUUUUUCAGAAGAUUGUAAACUCAUUUCCAUGGCACAGGUAGAAAUCAUUAUCAGGACUUGUUAGCCAGUUCAUGUCUCAUUGAUAGAAUGCAGCCUGCCAUCUGCAUCGAUGGUUUAAGAUGGUGCUGUUUUUGAAAACUUGCUGUGGAAAUAAAUUUGACAGAGGAAUAGUUAUUUGCAAAGCUGUCCUAGAAAGAGGUUAACUCUUUUGGUAUAUGGAUAUUUCUCCUCCAACACCUUUAAUUAGGUGGUUCAGCUUAUCUUGUAUUUUCUGAGUCGUAACUGUACUCUAGGGCCAAGACCUACUAUAAAAUCUGGAAUCCUGAUGAGAGAGUUGUUUAGAUCAAUAUUAUAUGCUUUGCCAACAUAAUCGAAGAAGGUAUUCAUUCUUUCUGGAUUUAAGAAGAGUUGACAAAAGUGUAAGAUUAUAUUCUCAUGCUGAAAUAAGGUAUAGGCUAAGUGAAAUACUGUAAAUGGGUUGGGUAGAAUUAAACUUUAGAGCUCUAAAUAUUAUGCUUAUUUUUAAAGUAAAAAGUUGCCUCACUGUCAUGAAAUCCUGUUACUUCCAUAAAAAAAAUCCUGUAAAAUGGUCAAACUGGACAAUGUAAGAGAUAAUGAUGGUUUUGAGGCAUUUCAUACUUUAUCGGUUUACAUUUGGCUAACAGACUGGUAGGUAAGGUUUAGGGUUCUCUCCACUAAUGGAAAAUUAAAUGCAAAAUGUCCGAAGAAUUAUGUUGUUUUCAAGGCUUUGACUCAGAUUUGUACUUUGAUGUAUGAAAGUGAAUAUCAAACUUGUUUAUACAGAAAAGACUAUAUAGAAAAAUCCAUGUUGGUUAUAGUGAUACAUGUUUUAUGUUUACCCAAUGCCUGUACUAAAUCUUGUGCUUGGCUUUGAAUGAUAUAUGUGUUUACAUAUGACUUUUUUUUUUUUUUGAAAUAAAAAGAACAGUCAUCUAAAAACGUAAGGUUUUGGAAAGGAGAUGCUUUUUCAAUUCUUACCAUGAGGUGGAAUGUUUUAUAGAAUUUUGGUGUUAAAAAUAAAAAUUUAAUAACAAUGCAUUUUGCUUGGAAUACUUCCCAAUCCAGAAAAGUUGGUGACUUCUCUCCAUUGUAUAUAUGUACAUAGUUUUCAUUAUUAGAUUGUAAGCUCCUCAAGGGCAGGAAUUGUUUUAUCUUCGUUGUUCCUGCAGCACCUAAUGUAAAGUGCCUUGCACAGGGUAGGUGCUCAUGACGUGUAGAAUGAGUGAGUAACUUCCUGCCUCAUAAAUGUGGUUCACUUCCCCUGUGUUCAACACUACAAAGCUACUCAUGCCAGAAGAGGGCAGAGUUCUUUCUUGGGUUUGAACUGGCUUUUUUGGGUUGAAUCAGACCAUUCCACAUCCUUAGCACUACUUAACCUUCUUUUCCUGAAGACUACAUAUCAGUGUCCUGCGUUUUUAAUCUAAUAUUACAGCUGCGGUUUCUAGGAAAAUUUUGAAGUGGAGAAGAUUAUGGAGAAAAUGAAAUGGAGAUUUGGGGCGGGUGGUUUGUCAGUAUAUUGCCCUGUGGGGUAAUCGUGUUUUAGUUAUUACUUGUUAAAAAGGUAACAGAACCUCUGUUUCUUUACCAAGUCGCUGGUUGGCCAUUUCUCCAAUUAACGAACUACCGUUGGUUUUAGCUCUUUCUCAUUUUGAAUUCCCUUCAAUUGCUUCCAUGAUUCUAGAACUUAGAGUCUAAUACAGUUGCUGUGAAUAUUUAGUGCUGUACAUAAUGGCAGUUUUGUAAAUGUGAAAUAACCUUGAAUAUGUUGUGGUUUGUAUACAGGGCCAUUCGUAGUGUUAUUUUGGCCACUUUUUUAUUCAAAAUAAAUAAUUAUUUGUA